GUUAUGAAAGAUCGAUGACGUGAUGUCGUCAUGACGUCGGUGACGUGGCCUGACGGCGGCACGCGGGAAAGUUCAGACUGAGGAGCUGCAGCUUUGCGGUAAAUAUGGCUAUGAGGAAUGCGUCCCGGGUGGAGGCAGGAGGUGAAGAGGAAGAACAUUUUGGGCCACAACCGGUUUCACGUCUGGAGCAAUGUGGCAUCAGCAGCAGCGACAUUAAGAAGCUGGAGGAUGGUGGUUUUCACACCGUGGAGGCUGUAGCCUUUGCGCCAAAGAAAGAGCUGCUGAACAUCAAAGGAAUCAGCGAAGCCAAAGCCGACAAGACUCUGACGGAGGCGGCUAAGAUGGUACCCAUGGGCUUCACCACAGCGACUGAGUUCCACCAGCGCAGAGCUGAGAUCAUCCAGAUCUCCACAGGAUCCAAAGAGCUUGAUAAACUCCUGCAGGGAGGAAUCGAGACGGGAUCCAUCACUGAGAUGUUCGGCGAGUUUCGCACAGGAAAGACGCAGCUGUGUCACACACUGGCCGUUACCUGCCAGGUACCCAUAGAUCAGGGUGGUGGAGAAGGAAAAGCCAUGUACAUCGACACCGAAGGAACCUUCCGUCCAGAGAGACUGCUGGCUGUAAGUGUCAGGUACGGGCUGGUGGGCAGUGAUGUGCUGGAUAACGUGGCGUAUCAUGCCAGAGCCUUCAACACGGACCAUCAAACACAGCUGCUGUAUCAGGCCUCCGCUAUGAUGACUGAGUCCAGAUACGCUCUGCUGAUAGUAGACAGCGCUACUGCACUGUACAGGACAGAUUACUCCGGCCGGGGAGAGCUGUCCGCCCGUCAGGGCCAUCUGGGGCGGUUUCUACGCAUGCUGCUCCGUCUCGCUGAUGAGUUUGGUGUGGCCGUCGUCAUCACUAACCAGGUGGUAGCGCAGGUGGAUGGAGCGGCCAUGUUUUCAGCAGAUCCCAAGAAGCCGAUUGGAGGAAAUAUUCUAGCACACGCCUCGACUACUCGAUUAUACCUGCGAAAGGGUCGAGGAGAGACGCGGAUAUGUAAGAUCUAUGACUCUCCAUGUUUGCCUGAGGCGGAGGCAAUGUUUGCCAUUAAUGCUGAUGGAGUGGGUGACGCUAAAGACUGAAAUGAUACCAACCAGAGAACCUGAGUGCGUGAUAUGAGACCAUCUGCCAGAGAAAAGACUCCUUUGAAAUGUGUAAAUGUGGACACAUAUUGUUUAGUCUGGAAUGAAUCGAAAAGAUUUUGGAAAGAGAAUGAAUCCUUCAGAGUGAAAUUCAUGGUUUAUUUACAUAUAUGCAGAUUGAUGGAUCUGAAUGAUUUGAGCUGGUGUAACUAUUUGCUCUUUACUGUAAUGUCAGCCGCCUCUAUACUAUUUGUUAUUUAUAUAUAUAUUUAUGUCUCUUAUGUUAUAUUUGUUUGUUUUGUCUGGACUGAACCUUUUUCUUGUACAUA